AUGGGAGUCCGGAUACAUCCGCACGAAACUUUCCGUGUUUUUCCGACCCUCCGGUCGGCUGUCCCUUUGCGCAAUGCUGUCGAGGAAUGCUCUGAGCUGGCUACGUGCAGGGGGUGGCUUCAAGUUGGCAGCCGGUUAUUUUCCGUCGCAAACUCGCCUGCACCUGCAGCUGCCGACUUGCCAAGUGCACUCAGCUUGAUUCAAUCCCAACCAUCGCAUUAUGCUGUCGCUACCGUCGCUGGUCGCAAAUACCUACUCGCUCCUCGUGAUAUCUUGACUGUCCCUCGUUUGCGCGACGUCCGUCCCGGCGACUCCCUAUCACUCGACGCUGUGCAUGAAUUCGGUUCGAGAGAAUAUGCAGUCCGAGGAACAAUCCCCGUCCGUGUAACCGCCACGGUUUUGGAGCAUACAAAAGGACCCAUGCUCGAAAUCUUCAAGAAGAAACGAAGAAAGGGUUAUGAAAAGACCAUCAAGCAUAAGCAAACCUACACUCGUCUGCGCAUCGGAAACAUCGAGGUCACACUAUAG